AUGGAGAAGCUACCGAGAACGUCGCAUUCCAAGCCUCUAAAGGCGACGCAAUAUUUCUCCCCAUAUACGCGCAGCGGUGCGCCCGGAGUACCAAUUUCCACCGAAGUUGCCGACCCUUAUGCUCCGUUGCGCAAAAAGGCACUGGAGACGCUCGAGGCCAUGGGAUUCGACCCCGUCACCAUGGUUGAGCGUGGAGUCACCUGGGCGGAAGAUCAGGAUCCUUUUGGGCACGUCAUGCACUCUCAGUACCAGCACUACUUUGGUAUUUGCUGGCAGAGAAUCAUGGAAUUUUACGGCGCCUAUCUCACCGAGCAAGAGUACCGCGACAUGCUGAGUGGGAAGGGCGUUAUCCCGGUUCUUGGCGGAUACGAGAUUCGCUUCAAGAGACAAGUGAAGCAUCCCGAUACACUCAUUGUUGCUAGUCGCCAGCUUGGAAUUGAGCCCAACCGGGCUUACGCCCACACAGCCAUUUUUUCGCUGCAGCAGCAGGCCAUUGUCGCUGAGACAAAGGGCCAUGUCACAUACAUUGACGCCAAAACCGGUCGCCCGACCGACAUUACCAAGUACAGUGACGGUUGGCGCAGCUUCUACAAAGGCAUGGCCGAGAAGGUUAACAUUACGAGCGCCCUUGUUGAAAGGUGGGAAGCCGAUCACCCCGCUAAGCGUAGCUCAAAGAUUGCAAUUGUCGCAGUGUUUGUGAUGGAACUUGCUGCUGAGCUUGGCGUCAUGACGAAAACGAGAGUCUCGAGUGUCACAGUGGUUGUGAUGGUACUGGAGCUUCUGGUCAAGGUCGAGGUACAGGUCGAAUCACUUGUUGUCGACGACCCAGAAUUUGAAGUUUCAGCUGAUGUACCAAUUGUUGAAGACGGCGUCGACGUGGCUUCGCUACUCGAAUCGGAUGUGCUCGAGUCCGAAGUGCUUGAACUCGCGGUGGUCAUGGAUGAGCUUGUGGAUGUGGACAGCGUUUUUGUCAUUUCCUCGCUGCUGGACUCCGGCGUGCUUGAACUCGUGGUAGCCAUAGAUGUGCUUGUUGCUGAGGAUGGCGUUGUAGUCAUCUCCUCACUCUUAGAACUUGACGUGCUGGGAUCCGACGUGUUGGAAUCCGACGCGCUAGUCGUGGCUGUGAUUGUUGUCGAUGAUGGCGUUACAGUCGGUUCUUCGCUGGUAGAAUCUGGUGUGGUGGAAUCUGGUGUGGUGAUUAUGGAUGUAGUUGUCGUCGGCGACGGUGUCACAGUCCCUGUGUCGCUGCCAGAAUCCGACGUGGCUUUAAUAGGUAUGGUUGUUGUUGUUAACGACGGCGCUGAAGUCAUUUCACUCGUAGAAUUUUGCUCGCUGGAAUCGGGCGUGCUUGAGUCCGUGGGAGAUGUAGAUGCAGUUGUUGUCGAGGACGGCGUCAUAGUCAUUUCGACAGUAGAGUCUGACGUGCUGGGAUCCGAUGUGCUGGAGUUGGACGUGCUGGAGUCGGACGUUGGCGAAGCCGUUGUGGUAGAUUCAGGUGUGCUUGAACUUGUGAUGUCUAUAGGUGUGGCUGUCGAUGGAGGCGACACUGAGCUUCCUUCGCUGCUAGAGUCUGUCGUGCUAGACUCUGUCGUGCUGACAUCUGGCAAACUGGACUCUGAAGUGGUUGAGCUUGUGGUAGUCGUAGGUGUACUCGUUGAAGACGGUGCCAAAUUUAUUUCGGUGCUGGAGUCCGAUGUGCUUGUAGAUGUACUUGUUGCUAACGAAGACGUUGAGCUGGUUUCGCUGUUCGAAUCGGACACUUCUGAGCUUGUGGUAGGUGUAGAUGUGCUUGCUGAUGAGGACGUCGAGGUCGUGUCGCUACUGGAAUCUGACGUGAUUAUAGGUAGGUUUGUCGUUGGAAAUGGCAUUGAGGUUACUUCGCUGCCAGGAUUCGACGUGCUUGGCGUUUGGCUAGCAGUUGUCAAAUUCUCCGUCAACGUGCCCAAUAAGAAAGUUGACGUGCUCAAGACAACUGUCCUGCGUGAGAGAGCCGAUGUGCGCGAGACAGUCGAUGCACAUAAGAUAGUUGACGUGCGAGACUCAGUUGACGUGCUGGUCUUAGUUGAAGUGCUUGAGGAAAUCGGCAUGUCAAAAGAAGUUGUGCUCGGCAAUUCCGACGUGCUUGAAACACUCGAUAUACUUGUGGUAAUAGGAGUGCUUGAGGGGGUCGGCGUGCUCAAAGACGUUGAAUUGCCUAAGAAGAAGUUGAAGUGCAUGAGAUAG